GAGGCUGCAGUCAUGGAUCAGGGAGCUUCGACAGGUGCCCAUCGUAACGAUGAGGGCCUGCGUGAGCGAGUGAUUGACUCUUCCAGUGUCGACGACUUGGCUGGUCGCAAAGCCCUCGCUGCGGCUGCAGAGCUGGAAGUCAAGGACAAGCAUGGCCGUGACAGGAAGACGUAUGGCCGGACUCCCGAUGGCACUGGUAAGACUGGUUUGAUUUUGAAUUGGACGUUGAUAUCUUUCUCGCUGUUCUCAAACUAGGAGACAAACGAGCAAUUGUGUCGAGGCAAACGGAUUCGCUAACACUACGUCACCGGUAGUCUUCACUGUCCCGCACACUCAUGACAUGGUCUCGCAGCUUCUGUCUCCGUCGGAGCCCAAGAACCUGUCAGAUAUCGCGGUCCUGGCGAUUUUAGGUAUUCAUAUUUUGUUGCUGUGGCUGCUUCCCCAGGCCGCGAGAGUACCCGUCGCUGCGGUGGUCUAUCUCUUCUGGCGUACUGGGUACAAUGCCGGCAUCGGGUGGCUUCUGCAUAACCAGUCUCACCACAAGACCUUGGUCCGGUGGGCCGAGAAGACCAAGAUCUUUGUCAACCCGGCGACAGGCAAAAACCCCCAUUCCAAAUUGUAUGCGUGGAUUAAACAGGAACUCGAGACCAAG